AUGGCAGCGGACCACGGUGAGCUGCUGGCAGAGAUGGCGACAGUGGGCCGGCUCAGUGCCACAGAGCGCCUGAAGCACGCCCAGAAGCGCCGUGCGCAGCAGCUGAAGGCCUGGACACAGAUGGAAAAGGACGCGGUGCGAGGAUCCAGAGCCAAAGCAGACAAGAAGAAGCCCCGCACAAGCAAAGUGACAUUCCCCGACUCCGUCACCUUGCUGGAUGCGGCUGCCCGCAACGACGUGGAGGAAGUGAGACAGCUGCUUAACAGUGGUGUCAGCCCAGAUCUAGUCAAUGAAGAUGGACUGACCGCUCUUCAUCAGUGCUGCAUUGAUAAUUUUGUGGAGAUAGUGCAGUGCCUGAUAGAUGCUGGUGCCUGUGUGAACGCCUGCGAUAGUGAGCUGUGGACGCCGCUGCACGCUGCUGCCACCUGUGGACACACCGGGCUGGUGCAGCUCCUCAUUCAAGCAGGCGCAGAUCUGCUGGCAGUCAAUGCUGAUGGCAACAUGCCGUACGACCUCUGUGAGGACGUGGCCACCCUGGAGCUGCUGGAGGUAGCUAUGUCCGAGCAGGGGAUAACUCAGAGUCGCAUAGAUGAAUGCAGAGGAGCUAAAGAGGCCACCAUGCUGGCGGACAUCCAGGCUCUGGUUCAGAACGGAGCCGACCUCAACGCACACGAUGAUAAUGGAACGACACUGCUCCACAUUGCGUCUGCCAACGGCUACAUGUCUGUAGCUGAGCUGCUGCUAACCAACAGAGCUGAGCUGGAGGUGAAGGACUCUGAUGGAUGGACGCCGCUGCACGCUGCCUCCUGCUGGGGACAGAUCCAAAUAGUGGAACUGCUGGUGGCCCAUGGAGCCAGUCUAAAUGCAAAGUCUGUUCUGGAGGAGACUCCGUUAGAUGUUUGUAUGGAUGAGGAGGUCAGAGCCAAACUGAUGGAUCUAAAGCACAAACAUGACGCCAUCAUGAAGAGUCAGGACAGACAGAAAGGCACUCUGCAAAAACGAGCGUCUAGUACUGGCAGUAGAGGUAAGGUGGUGCGUAGGGUCAGCGUGAAUGAACGCUCCAGCCUGUACCGACGGGAACACCAAAAGGAGGCCAUGGUGUGGCAGGAGCGUGACCGACAGCCCGAACCUCACGACGAUGAUGAAGACAGACAAACGGACAACGAGCUGCACCAGCACGCUGCUAUGAUUGCUGGGGGAGCAGCAACAUCGCGCCUAGAGGAGCUGGAGUCUGCUGACAGGAAAAUUUCUUCUUGUAUAGGCAAUGGAGAGACCUCUGUUUCUCUGUCCUCCUCUGUCCCGGGAGAGCUUUGGACUGGAAGUGGUCUCAUGGAUCGCAGUGCCUCCUAUCAGCUCAGCUCUGCGUCUGCAUCAGCGUCUGCAUCAGCGUCUGCAGAGGGCGACUCUGCUGACAGCAUGAGCCGAGAGAAAUCCCACCACACCCUGGCUGACCUGAAACGGCAAAGAGCAGCUGCUAAACUCAACAAAUAUCCAGCUCCUCCUCCUCCUCUUCUCCCUCCUCCAGUGGAGGAAGAGCCUUCAGUUGCAGCAGCAGGAGAGAUGCCAGCCACCCCAGCUCAAUCAGAGAUCCAGAUAUCCCCCACUCCGAAUGACACGGUCUCUCCCAGCCAGGUGUACUUUACCCCAUCCAGCGGGGAUCCUCCACUGCUGAAGCUUCGAGCCCCUGAGGAGGACCAGACCAGCAGCAAAGAGCCUUGCUGUGGCCUCAUGUAAGCAUGAGCCUGCAGGCAGCAGAACCAAGACCAGCUCUGCUUUAAAGUGAUAACAGCCUUUUAAGGAGCCACUUUAAAACAAUAAAAAAAUCACUGACGAUGGAACCAACUGACUUUGGCCAGUAAUUGUCUGAACCUUUUCAAUGGAGUAACUAGUUUGGAUAUUUGUUAUUUAUUUCAAGCUCUUUGCAUUCUUUCUCACAUGCAGGACUUAAACUACACAACUUUUUCAGCAACACUAGACAAAUGUCGUAUAACUGGACCAUAAGAUGAUUUAUUUUGAUAGGAAUAUGUUCCUUUUUUGUUAAAUGAUUAGUUUGAAGAUGACAAGCUUAAAUCUGUGUCAUAAAAUAUUUUGUAUGCUUGGAAGAUGAUUUAAAGAUUUCUUUUAUAAACAAGUAAACCUGAAUGUACACAAAAGAAUGACUGCUGCUCCGUUCAACAGUUUUCCAUCAACAAAACUCUAUUUUUUUUCUUUCCUAGUAAAUUAAGUAGAAUACAUUUAAAUAUUUUUAUGGUAGAAUUUGUACAUUUUCAUCUUCAAUAUGAAAUCCUGAAUAUUUAAAUAGAUACCUCUCCAGGACCUUUAGCACCACCAUUGUUUCUCCAUUCACAGAAGAAUAUGAAUGUUUAUUCUGCCCACUGCACAUUUUAAGGACUUCAUGUAAAGAAAUUGAGGUGAUUGUUGACAUACUUGUGAGGAUGCUUUUCAAGGGUCGGUGCCUUCAUCAAGUGGAUUGUUAUUGGUUUGCAAAGCUUGCACGGACUCCCACAUGUAAAUGUGUCCGAUUGAAUUUAUGUACUUUAAAAUGCAAAGUUUUGUUAAUGAUUUUUCAUGUUUUCUGUUUAAAAAACAUAAAAUACACAGUUCACAAAUGA